CUUGUAGUGAAAGGGCAAGUUUUCUAAAGUGUACUCUUUUAAUUUCUCAAUUCAUGUUUUUCAAAAACCAUUUAAUUUACCAGUAACACUGCAACUAAAUUUUUUCUCCCCAUUAACGAUCCCAAAGAACAAUUUCAAAGAAGCAAAACUACCAGAAAUAGCUUUCUGUAAGGUCACAGUGCUUCAAUAAAGAAAAUAUAAUCGUAUGUAAAAGGUGAAGCUAGUAAAAAGCCGAGUAAGAGGAGUCUUGCUUUAUUCAUAAUAGGAUUUCUAUUUCUGAAUUUUUGAAAUUCAAAUGCCGAAUCAAAGUUCCUCCCAUAGAGACAAAGGUUUUAGGUUUUUUUUUUUUUUAAUUUUGUUUUUUUAAACAGCAACCCAUUCCAGUCAGAUCUUUCACAUAAAUUUUCUCCAACAGGGAAAAUAGCUCCCAUUCUUAUAGGAACACUAGCAUUGCCAAGCUUUGCAAAUACAUCAAAUAUUGAAAAGCUUAUGGGGGGAGGGAGGGGAGAGGAAGCGGGAAGUAAAGGGGGACGAUGUGAAGGGGAGGUGUGGUACUGUGUUCUGGUGGACAUAGGAAAAACACAUUUCCUAUAUAACAAUAAGGAAGAUAAGCAUGAUCAGCAAGAAACAUAAUAGUUCUUUUGGUCAGGUCGAAAUCUUUGGUCAUGCUCAGAUUAAUUCCUCAGGAAAAGUGUAGAUGGGGAGCCUUGACUGGGCCCCGAAGUCACAGUCACCAUGAAAGUUACUUCCCCCACCCUAAAAAAAAGCGGAUUGAGAUCCGCUUCAGCUUUUCUGGGUACUAAAUCCCCGGCUAUGAUUUAGGACUUAAUGGCGGAGGCGGCUCCCCAGGGCAGUUUGCGGGGGGGGGGGGAGGGUGCGCUGAGACCAGGCAGAGAAGGAGCGCCCUCGCUUGGCCCCUCCAGACAGAUGGGUGCAGGCCAGCAGAGCCGGGCGGGGAUGCACAGCAACUCCAGGCCCCGCCCCUCCCCUCCCCUCCCAGCUUGGUAAUCAUGGCUUCUGCCUCCACCAAGGAGCUUUCUGUGCAAACUUCCCAGCUUGCAAAGGGAGGAGAGAAGGCUGAAAGCCUAGCACCCUCAAGGAAGUUGCUCCGGCAAAAAAAUGAAGUGACCCCAAUGGCAGAAAGCAAAAACCAUGUUCAAUGGCACUACUAGCUCACGUUGUAGAGAACCUCGCUCCAGGAUCAACCCCACCCUGCGCCCGGCUAGCAACUCUGCCCAGGGAAUCUACAGCUAUGCCGGAGGGUGCGCGCUAAGAGGGGAUGCGCAGCAGUUUUCACAGCCUAGGAAUUUCGAGCCUGGAAACUAAACGGGCAUUGAUCUUCAUUUGACCCUUUUGGAUUUGAGGCUAAUCUGCAGCGCUUCCCAAGGGUCUCGUUAUUGGGUACCAAAAAAAUUCACUAAAAACUGAUCCCUGAAACUGAGGCUACUGCUUGGCUGAGGAGCAGGCAAGGUGCCUGCCUUCUCAGCUACAAAGGGCUCUGGAUUUAUACAGCUGCUGCUACUGGACUAUUUGCAAUCAUCCCUGGAGGGCUGCACUUCUUUGGCCAUCCUGCCCCAAGCUCGAAGGUUGGCCCCAGACCAACAGAGUAACCUUGGAGUCCCAAAAGAAUGUGAUAGUUCAUGGCAAGGUGCCAGCAUGCUAUGAGGUAGGGUCCUUGUCCCUGCAGAAGAUGGCAGCAGAACUUUUCUCUACCAGUGCUAAUACCAACAUCACUAACAGUAAUUCCACUACCACUGCCACCACAGUCACUGCAGCCAAUGCUAAGAAUAGCUCCCUUCACCUUCAUCAAACAGCCCAAUCUCCACUACCAACACAGGUGCAAAACCUUAACAACAACUUCGAGAGUACCAACUGGCAGUCAUUCUACCCCACUCUCCGAGAGAGGAAUGCAAUGAUGUUCAAUAACGAACUCAUGGCUGAUGUACACUUUAUCAUUGGCCCUCUAGAGACAUCAAAGCGAGUUCCUGCUCAUAAGUAUGUGCUGGCAGUUGGCAGCUCUGUCUUUUAUGCCAUGUUUUAUGGCGAUCUUGCAGAAGUCAAAUCUGAAAUCCAUAUACCUGAUGUGGAGCCUGCAGCUUUUCUCAUCCUGUUAAAGUACAUGUAUUGUGAUGAAAUUGACCUGGAAGCUGACACUGUGCUUGCAACUCUCUAUGCUGCCAAGAAGUAUAUUGUUCCAGCUUUAGCAAAAGCUUGUGUUCAUUUUCUAGAGACUAGUUUAGAGGCAAAAAAUGCUUGUGUUUUGCUCUCCCAGAGCAGGCUCUUUGAGGAACCAGAACUAACCCAGCGUUGCUGGGAAGUGAUUGAUGCUCAAGCAGAGAUGGCAUUAAAGUCAGAGGGCUUUUGUGAAAUAGAUCAACAAACAUUAGAAAUUAUCCUUACCAGGGAAUCACUAAACACCAAGGAGGUAGUUAUCUUUGAAGCUGUUCUGAACUGGGCAGAAGCUGAAUGUAAAAGAGAAGGUUUGCCAAUUACACCAAGAAAUAAGAGGAAAGUACUGGGAAAAGUUUUAUUUUUAGUACGAAUUCCAACUAUGACACUGGAGGAGUUUGCCAAUGGUGCUGCUCAAUCAGAUAUUUUAACUCUUGAAGAGACACGCAGCAUAUUCCUAUGGUACACAGCUACCAAGAAACCACAGUUGGAGUUUCCACUGACAAAAAGGAAAGGCCUUGCCCCUCAGAGAUGUCACAGAUUUCAAUCAUCUGCAUAUCGGAGCAACCAGUGGAGAUACCGUGGACGAUGUGACAGCAUCCAGUUUGCAGUAGAUAAGAGGAUAUUUAUUGCAGGACUCGGAUUAUAUGGAUCAAGCUGUGGAAAAGCUGAGUACAGUGUGAAAAUUGAACUUAAACGGCUCAAUGUUGUUCUUGCUCAUAAUCUGACCAAGUUCCUUUCAGAUGGAUCCAGUAAUACAUUUUCAGUCUGGUUUGAACAUCCGGUUCAAAUUGAACAAGACACAUUUUACAAUGUUAGUGCCAUCUUGGAUGGUAAUGAACUUAGUUACUUUGGACAGGAGGGAAUGACUGAAGUUCAGUGUGAAAAAGUGACAUUUCAAUUCCAAUGCUCCUCAGAUAGUACCAAUGGCACUGGAGUCCAAGGAGGACAGAUUCCAGAGCUUAUUUUCUAUGCGUGAGACAGUUUAUGAGGAUGGUAUUCCAAUACUGCUAUGCACAUGAAAGGGACUUGUUCAAAACUAGAAAAUUCUACAGCUGUUUCUUGUUCAGCUAUUACAUUACUCUUAAAAUAGCAGCCUCUCAAACUAAGUGCAAGAAUACUCUUGGAUUUAAUCCUAUUUUAUUUAUUCUAUAUGUAGACAACUAAUUUACUAAUUAAUUUAACUAAUUAAUUAUGGCUGAUAGAAUGUUCUAAAGUAGAGCUGUUUAUGAACCUAUAAAAUAUAAAACAUUUUUCUUUAUCCUAAAAAUUUGUACAUUCAUUCAAUUUUUAAAAAUUCCUUUGUGUUUCAUGCCUUACUAAUUCCAAAGCAUAAAAGUCAACAAAUUUAAAUAAACCACUGGAUUAAAUGACCCCUAGAGUCCCUUUAGUUCUCUGUCAAUUAUCUUAUGAUAAUCCAAUGUCACAAAAAAAGAUACAAGAUCUUACCCAAAUAUGAAACUCAUUUCUAUUAUGAAAGAUGCUGCUUUAAUUUUCCAAAGUUAUCUAGGUUGCUUUGAUUUAACAAAAUGUAGAAGAUGACCCAACUUUUAUUACAUUGACAAUCUCAGGUUGAUUUGCUGAUAUCCUUGAGCUUUCUUGUAAAGAACAAGGCUAUGGAAACCAGUAGAAUUAAAAUUCAGUGGUAUCCACUUCAAUAUUAACACAGGAAGUACUAUUGUGAGUAAACCAUCCAGUCACUUUAUGACAAUAAAUAAUAUUAAGAAAUGAUGGUAAAAAGUUUGUUUGUUCUAUUUCAACCUUAGAAGGCAAAGGAUGUCCCCCAAACAGUAUUUAUUCUCUUACUGAGUUAAUAGGGAUCUAUUACCACUGAUCCAAAAAGACCUUAUUUAGAAUAAUAUAAUUUAGAACAAAUUCUCAGUAACAGAUUAGUUUUAUACAGUGUAAUUAGUACUCUAGAGCUGUGGAAAAAUAUUUUAAAUAAUAAAAUCUUAUAUUUGUUUUGAAAAUCCAUUCCUUAAAAUCAUAAGGAACUAAUUUGGGCCAAAGAAGGGACAAUCUCUUUUGCAAAGAUGAGGUCCACCGGUGUUAUGAAACAUUCCAUAUAUUGUCAGAUUUAUUUUAAUGUACUGUUCAGUUUUGCUGACUUUUCUCCCCUCUCUUUUUUCUUUUCAAAAAAAUUCUUUAAGUAGAAUGGUUUUCUGGGAGGGGGAGGAUACAAGUUACAUAAAAACAAGUUUUCAAUUAAAAUGUAUUUUUUAAAAAGAAAAUUUAUUGUAUAUAAUAAAAUUCAAUGGCUUGGCAUAUCAAGGCUAUACAAAGACAGAAACAGGGAGCAGACCUAUAAUUUCAUUAGUAUAGUUAAGUCCCAGGUCAGGAUUACAUGACUAAUACAUGUUAGCAUCAUCUCUGCAGUUUAUAAUUUUAAAGAUUUACUUAGAGCAGAAGUGUCAAACACACAUGGACUCGAGGCCAGAAUCAAAUUAAAAUGUAAUUGGAAAAUAUUUAACAAAAUAAUUUUAAAGUACAACAAAACAUGUAAUAUAAAAAUAUAUAGGGCUUUGAGUCUGACAGCACUGGAUUAGAAUACUGGGAGUUACAUGACUUGCCCAGAAUCACACAACUUGUACAUAUAUGAGGUAGAACAUGAACAAAUUCUUGUUGGCUUCUACUCUUUCAGCAUGUUGCCUCACUGAUGAUACAUUGCUGGAUUUCAAAUACAAGUGAAAAACCAUUAGCACAACUGAUAAAACUAUCCUAAUGAACUAACAAUGGAGAAAAAUCCCAGAUGUCAUUUUUUUAAGAGGUCAAGAAUUUAUUAGGGUGUCUACUAUGUGUUUGGCAGUGUUGUUUAAAAAAAGUAACACUAUUUUUAAUGUAGAAAACCCAUUUCUUUAUAGAGUAUAUCCAGUCUUCUAUGCCUGCUUUAAAAGGUGGAUCCUUAAAUGAUGCAGCUAAACACUGUUCUGGUACCCUUUCAUCACUAAUCUUGCUGCUUCUAUCACUUAGAAAGUUUGAAAUGAAAUAAUUAUAACCAUGAUAGAGUAGAUAGCUGGCAAUGAGCCUAAUUCUUAAAAUGUUUUGAUAAGUGAUACAGAGAGUUUGCUAAGUAUAUAUUCAUAUUAAAUUAAAAUAUGAUUUCCAAAGUUCUCAAUCUGUUAACUUUCAUGAUAUUGUAUGAAUUGUCAAUCAGUUCAUUCAUUAAAAAAAAAAAAAAAAAACAAAACCACCAUCAUAUCCUUAAGGGCAUAGUGCUAUAAAGGAAAGGAUUGUAGAGGCCAUUGAGUCCACUAAUAAGCGCUUUUAUCAGUAUCCUUGGUUCCCUGAAUAUACAUCAACUUCCAAUAAAACUAACAGCUUUUUGGGGGUCUUGUUGAAAGCUACUUUUAAAAUAUUGAUGACCUCUACCUUCUGGUUAUGAAAUCCAGGGAAAUGAAUCCCUUCUCAUUCUCAUUCUCCCUAAUCAUGCCUCUGUCUUACUACUUUACAACCCCCUAUAGGCUCCCACAUACCACCAUUUCAGAAAAGUUAUAUGCAAAGUACUACCAGAAUUUACUGAGCAGAUAAAAGGCACUAUGGUACAGGAAAAUACAAGAUUUAGACUCUGAAAACUUGGGUUCAAAUGCCAUCUCUGCUCCCUAUGUACUUUUACGUGACUUCAUUCCUCUGGGUCUGAUAUGUAAAAUGAAGGGAUUGCAUUAGAUAAUUUUCAAAAUACCUUCUCAUCUAAAAAUCUAUGGACAUUAGCAAAUUUUAUUUUUCUAUACAGUCAGGAUUGAAAAUCAUAAUGUAAGCAAUUUGCUUGUUUUGUACUGAGUCUUAGGCAACUAAUCAUAAAUAGUUUUCUAAAGAGUUCUUACGUCUGUGACAUUAAGACUUCUGGUUUCCUUCCUUAGCAGGUAGACAUGGUGAUUGUUAUCUAGGUAAAAUGAUAGCUUUCACUACAAUAUUAAAUUGGGGGUAAUAACUCUUUGAGUGCCUAAUCUAGGGCUUGCUCAAUAGAGAUGCUUGGGCACAUUGCAUGUAAUUUAUGAAUCUCAAAGAUAAUGUUUGCAGAAAAACUAUAUGGCAUAGACAAUUCUCAAAUGAAGAGUGAGGUAAAACUACUUCUAGUUUCUUUCCUUUCCAAAAAGAUCACACACAGAUAAGUGCUUCUAAGAAAAUGAUUAAUUAAAAUUGGUGCUUGUAGUAAUAUUCAUCUGAAAAAAUAUGAGCUGGAUUUGACUGGAAAAGGACUCCACAAUCUUUUAUUCAAGACAAUAAAACAUUUAUACAUCA